AUGGAGUCGGUGGUAUUGGCACCUGACAAUAUAUCUCUCCAGUCGGAUCGGCCCAAGGACUUUUCCCCGACCGUACGCGAACGUGAAUAUCUCGCGAACGAACCAAUCGAUAUUGAGACCCGGUUUGCGACGUCAGCCUCCAAUUUACGACGCGCUCACACCGUGGCACAGGGAAGGAACAUCGCAAAAUCAAAUAUUGGCGUGAAAGCGGUCAGGGGAAGGGUUGCAACCUCGAUCCUACGUGCCAAGGACAGCCAUGAAGUACUGAAAAAGCGUCCUGUUAAGCGCUUCGACAUCCCACAGGCCCGCGUGAUGCGCUUGCAGGUGCGAGGGAACCGAAUCACUUCACAGUUGGAAAUGUCGGGCAGAAUGGCAAGAUCUUUCUCAGGUAUGGUUGGAGCAGGCGCUCAGGUUUCACGAAGCUUGGGAGAGACCACAAAAUGA